UUCUGAUCAAGGUGUCGGCAGGGUUGGUUUUCUCUGAGGCCUCUCUUCUUGGCUUGUAGGUGGCCGUCUUCUCCGUGUCCCCACAUGGUCUUCCCUCUGUGUGUCUGUGUCCUAGUCCCUUCUUAUAAGGACACCAGUCAUAUUGGAUUAGGAUCCACCCUUAAUGACCUCAUGUUAACUUACUCAUCAUUACUUCCUUGGAGAAUUGCUUUCUUUAGGACCCUGCCUCCAAAGAAUCGCAUUCUGAGGUUAGAACUUCAAUAUACGAAUCUGGGGAGGGGAAGGGGACACAAUUCAGCGCAUCAACUGAGGGCUUUUACUGAGGGUCUCCUAGGUGCCCAGCACUGUGGACAUUUGCACAGAUUCUCACGACAGUCCUGAAAGGUAGCGCUUGAUGGUGCCCAUUGUUCAGGUGAGAAGACUCAGGUCCCGGGAAAGGAAGUGACUUGCCCAAGGUAGUAGAGCUGGGCGUCCUCAUCCCAGGCUCUUUCCCCACGCUGCAGCCACCCUCCCACCAUGGGCGUGUUCCUAAGGCCUGCACCGACCUUUGUUCUAGGGAAGUGGAUGCUGAGCCCCUGAAGGGGCAGGACUGGCCGAGAAGUCAAGCAGCCUGAACUACCUUCCCUGCCACACCCCAUGUCUGCAAAGAGCUGCUCCCCAGGGGCAGCCCUACUGCACACUCCAAACCAAUAAAGUUUUCUAUUUUGUCUACUUCAACGACUCCCCCCUGCUGGCAGCCUCAGUCUCCCGACCCCUGAACCCACACCCGUGGCUCUCUCUCGGUCUGAGAAAGGAGGAGCCAAAAGAACGGGAGCGAGCCAGCCCCGCCCCUCAGGCCAAGUGAGGCCUGCCACCUAGUGGACACGGGGAGGAUCGUCAAGGCGGACUGCCCUACGGCGCAGGAGGGGAGGGCCCAGCGCUGGAUCCCAGCACCGGGCUGUGGCGGGAGAGACGCCCCCCUCCAGACCUUGGGCUGAGAGGGAAGAGCCUGACCUCAGGCUGUGGGGAGAUCGAAGCCCCCCUUCCAGACCUUGGGCUGAGGGGGGGACCCAGACCGGAGGCUGGGGGAGGGCAGAAGAGGCGAGGCCUGGGGCUUCAGGAAGGGAUGGGUGGCAAGGCCCAGGGGUGGGUUGGUCUCUGUCCUGAGAAAAGCAGGACAGAACCAGCCCACCCAGAGAUGCCCCCCACCACAUGCUGCCCAAAUGGGGAGCCCCUGGGCAGCGGUGUUAACCCAGCAGCCCAAAGGUUUAAGGCCCUGGCUCUCCUCCCCUCCCCUCUCCUCCCCUCCCUUCCCCUCGCCUGGGCUUUUGACCCCUCCCAGCCCCUCCCCUCGUCUCCACCACCUUUGCCCGGUGGUGGUGACGUUGCGGUCUCGCUGGCGCAGACCAGGCCGGAGGCUGGGGCUGGAUCCUGGCGGCCAUGCUCUCCCUGCUGUCCCUCCCCUCCUGGCUCCCCAGCCUCCCCUCCCUUGAGUGGGGCUCCAGCCUCCUCGACGCCCUCCUGCAAGGCCUCGUCGGGGCCUGCGGAGUCUCCGUCCUGAACAACCUCCUGAAGGUCUACUUCUUCGUGGGCUGUACCAAUGACCCGGAGCGGCGGCUUGAAAAGGAGCGGCUGCGGGCCCAGUGGGCCUCGCUGGAGACCGUGCACCUGGCAGGGCUGGCCCUGAUCCUGACCGUCGUGGGGGUCCGGGUGGCCGCCCUCGUGGUGCUCGAGUUCUCCCUCCGGGCUGUCUCCAUGCUGCUUUCCCUGGACAAGGGCGCCCGGGGCACCGAGAGGCUGCAGCUGUACCUACUGUGCCAGUACUCACUGGGCUGUGGGCUGACCUGCAGCCUGAGCUUCCUGCAGGAGGGCGCCCCGCAGCGCAUGCUGAACCUGCUGCUGGGCCUGGGGCUGGCCGCGCUGCUCAGCUCGGGCACCCGGCGCCUCCGCCGCCACGUCUGCCAGCUCUACGAGCUGCACAGCAGCCAGCGCUACUGUGGGGUCUGCCUGGGCCUGCUGGCUGGCGCUCGCGGCCUCCCCCGGCUGCUGGGCCGCGCCCUGGCCGUGACCUUUGCAGUGGGCAACCUGGCAGCCGUGGCCCUCCUCAACCGGGACUUCCUGACCACCUCGGAGGCUGUGCGCUUCUGGAUGCCGCUCACCAUCUGCUACACCCUGCUGCUCAUCUACAUGCAGGAGGAGCAGCAGCGGCAUCCCGGCCUGCAGAGCCAGGUCCAGACGGUGCUGGUACGCAUGUGCGGCCUCUUGCUGCUGCUGCUGACCGUGGGCCGCUGGCUGGACCUCCUGGGCAUCCUCAUCUCCCUGUUGGGCGAGCUCUGGUGUCUGCUGGGCACCCGCACCCUGUUUGAUCUUUGCCAGAUACAGGAUUUUCCACCCCAGAGGCCUUCCGCGUCAGCUCCAAGCCAGCCCCAGCCCUCGGCACCUGCCCAGCCGCAGGGGACGGCCCCCUCCUGACUUACCUCAGCAGGGACUUGGAGUCUCUCAGAGCCGCCCGGGCUCACCUGGCGGCAGAAUGGCAGGGCUGCCCCCCACCUGGAGCACUGGGGACCCCCCGGGAGGGAGGGGAGGAUUUGGGGCUGGGCCCCGCAGAGGGUGGGGACACAUGGAGGCUGCUGGGUUAACCCUUUUUCUCAGGGUGGGCAAUGGAUACAGCCCCUCAGCCCUGCCUUCCCGGAGCGUUGGGGGGUGGGGAGAGAUUGUAUCCUCAGAAUGGCUUCCCCCUUUGCCAACCUCCCUUGCCCUUUCCACAAACAAUAAAGGUGAUUCUCUCA